AUGCUUAACGACGAACAUCCAAUUUGCAUUACAUCUCGGGCUGCUGUCGAGGACCUCUCAUACUUACCAUGUGCUUUUUUAGAGUCGUCCCGAAAGAAAAGCUGUAGUGUGGAGAGAACGGCGGCAAUAGAAACUGGUCGAGAAACCUUGAUAGAGAUCGACAAGGAUGGAAAAGGGUUAGGUUUGUCGAUAGUAGGUGGAUCAGACACGGUGCUAGGAACGGUGGUGAUCCAUGAAGUUUAUCCGGAUGGUGCCGCCGCGCACGAUGGCCGCUUGAAACCUGGAGAUCAAGUCUUGGAGGUAAUAAUCAAAUCUUCGGCGUGA